GGAGGUGUAGAAUUUCCUUUUUGAAAAAAAAAAAUAAAUAAAUAGACUACAAAAUAAAACACAAAAAAAAUUAAGAACAAAAGGAACCUAAACCCCAAAUCUCUUUCGUUCUCGUGUUUGUGUGUGCCUGUCGGUUUCUUCUGCCUGCUCAGACAGAAGUGAACCACAAACUGGGAGAUUCCGGCACGGCACCAGAACUCCGGCGCGACUUCCUCUGCCUGCGCGGCGCGAGGUCCGUCACGGCCAAAGCUCAGAGAGAGAGAGAGAGACGCCAGGCUUCCUCCGAGACGCGGGCCUUCCUCUGGUGACGGGCAGGCACGACUAGUUUUCUCAGAAAGUAGAGCAUACUCCAAGAGAAGAAUAGCGAAAGGGAUGUUUAAGACUUUUUAGUAAAGAUAUAUAUAUAUAUAUAGUUCAUGGCCUGUCGUAUGGGAAGUAUAAUGCAUCAUGCGGGGUAUUUGAUGAUGGAGAAUGAAGUUUCUGAAAGUUCCUGCAUUACUGCUGCAAGUUGCAACUUGUGUAGCUGGUGUUAUGAGCCAAGUUUCGGUGCACAAAAUAAAAGGAUUGACUUAAUGGCUGCACCUUUUCUCCAAAGGAGCGUUUGGAGAAAAAGAGGGUGGAAAGUUUCCUUUGCUUUAGACACUGGUGGGGUCUCCGAAAAUGGUGACCAAGAGGGCGUCAACGGUGACAGUUCCAAUCUUGGUCGAACUCGUUUGGGUAGGAUAGUGAGUGCAGGUGGCAGACAGCUAUUGACGAAGCUGAACUCUGCUAGAAAGAACCUUCCCAUGAAGAUAUUUCUGGUUCUGUUGGGUUUCUACACAGCUAAUGCACUUGCUACAAUUCUUGGUCAGACGGGGGAUUGGGAUGUUCUAGUUGCCGGCAUCGUGGUAGCUGCCAUUGAAGGUAUUGGUAUGCUUAUGUAUAGAAAGCUACCUUCUCUUUCAAAGGGAAGGUUGCAGUCUUUUGUUGUGAUGGUGAACUACUGGAAAGCUGGUGUUUGUUUAGGACUUUUUGUGGAUGCUUUCAAACUAGGUAGCUAGUCUAGAUUAUGCUUUUUCUUCACCUGUUUUUUUAGUUCCUAAGCUGUUCGAGGGUGUGAAUACUCCCAUUUAGCAAAUAAGUAUUUGAUUUUUAACCAUUCCAUUGUUUUGAUUUUGAAAAGAUGUAGCGUGAUUCUUCAUUGUAUGCCUUGGUAAAAUGUCUCCAAAUAUUGGCAAGCAACUCAAGUGUAGAGGAUAAAUGACCAGUUUGGUCAAAAUCUAUAUAUCUUUCAUUUUGAUCCGUAAAA